AUGUGUUAUAUUCUUUACACGCUUCAUAAGUGCAAUCACUGGGUCGCACAACCCCAGCCAGGAAACGGACCGGUGCUGAGGAUCUGCUCUGAUGCGGAGACACUACGGCUUGGUAGGCCGUGCCCGGAAACGGAACAUCGGGUUGAGAAUAGGAGUCAGGGCUUGUGUGAUGGAUGUAUGUGGAAGGGGAUUACAAAAUGA